CGUUCGCACGGAGCCCUGGCAAAAACAACAGCUCCGCUCGCCUUGCUUCCUGUUAGCUUCUCCAGCUUAGCUACCGACGACCAACAACCGAGAAAAUGUGGAAUUAGCCGAAACGUCGCUGCUCCGGUUGACUCCGUCAGUCGUUUGGUGAACUUAUCCACCAGAAAGGAGCACUAGUUGGAGAGUCAGACGCACCGUUAGCUGGAAAAAUGGGGUCCAUCCUGAGUCGCCGUAUCGCUGGUGUAGAGGACAUCGACAUCCAGGCGAACUCGGCCUAUAGGUUUCCUCCUAAAUCAGGAAAUUACUUUGCAAGUCACUUUUUCAUGGGAGGGGAGAAGUUCGACACCCCUCAUCCCGAGGGUUAUCUGUUUGGGGAGAACAUGGACUUGAAUUUUCUUGGAAAUCGGCCAGUUCAGUUUCCCUAUGUGACGCCUGCGCCGCAUGAGCCGGUGAAAACUCUGAGGAGCCUGGUAAACAUCAGGAAGGACUCGCUGCGCUUGGUCAGGUACAAGGACGAUUUGGAUGGUUCUGGAGAAGAGGGAGCGAAACCGAAGGUCCAGUACGGAGUGGAGUUCACGUUCGAUGCUGACGCUCGUGUGGCCAUCACUCUCUAUUGUCAAGCGUUCGAGGAGUUUUCCAACGGGAUGGCAAUCUACAGCCCCAAAGAGGCUUCUCUGGCGUCGGAGACUGUUCACUACAAGAGAGGAGUGAACCAGCAGUUCUCCAUGCCGUCGUUCAAGAUCGACUUCAGCGAGUGGAAGGAGGAAGACCUGAACUUUGACCUUGACCGAGGCAUGUUUCCGAUGGUCAUCCAAGCGGUGGUGGAUGAAGGCGAUGAUUGUCUGGGUCAUGCUCAUGUACUUCUGGCCGCGUUUGAAAGACACGUGGAUGGCAGUUUUUCGGUCAAGCCCCUGAAACAAAAGCAAAUCGUGGAUCGUGUCAGCUACCUCUUACAGGAGAUCUAUGGGAUCGAAAACAAAAACAACCAGGAGACCAAGCCCUCCGACGACGAGAACAGCGAUAACAGUAAUGAAUGUGUGGUCUGCUUGUCCGAUCUGCGCGACACACUUAUCCUGCCCUGCAGACACUUGUGUCUCUGCAACUCCUGCGCUGACACGCUGCGCUACCAGGCCAACAACUGCCCCAUCUGCAGGCUGCCCUUCAGAGCUUUACUGCAGAUCAGAGCUGUGAGGAAAAAGCCCGGAGCGCUCUCGCCGGUCUCCUUCAGUCCGGUUCUGGCUCAGACGAUGGACCAUGACGAGCACUCUGUUAGUGCAACGCUUUAUUCAGCUCCGUUUGCUUUUGCACUUACUUUCCUGUUUGUGUUCCAGCAGAGCACAGACUCGGUGCCCCCGGGCUUCGAGCCCAUCUCCCUGUUGGAGGCCCUGAACGGCCUCCGCUCCGUGUCCCCACCCAUCCCCUCUGCUCCUCUCUACGAGGACAUCAACUUCUCGGGUGGUCUCGGCGGCGACGGUCGGCAGCUCAGCUCCCCGGAGCACUUGAGCGACAGCAGCCUGCAGAAGGGCAAAGUCAGCAAGUCGCCUGACAGCACCCUUCGGUCUCCGUCUUCUCCGAUCCAGGAGGAGGACGAGGAGAAACUGUCGGAGAUGUCUGACGCUCAGCCUCACACUCUUCUGUCCAGCAGCCCGGCUCCCACAGACGCGACAGCGACAGAGGACGCGGCCGAGUCUUUGUCCCCAGAUGAUGAAGACAGGCUUCAUGCAGGAGGCGACAUCUUACAGGACUGCAGCAGCGAGCGCAGCAGCUUAACAAAAACCGAGAGCGGCGACCCCGGUGACCUUUCUCUGCCUGCUCUAGGUCCUGACUCCUGCUCUAUUGGUAUGGAGGAGUAACUGUGGGGGCUCGUCCGAGUCGACCGAAAGCUUGAAGAGCCAGAGCACCAACUGCUCCAGCCAGCCUUUACUGUAUCCAACAAGCAGCCUUCACAUGGAGGACGAGCACCUGGGGCCCUGACUCUGACCCGCCCACCUCUCCAGGCUUCAUGCGACCAUGCAGAACAAAGAACUUCAUCUGUGGUCUUUACAUGGACCACCGCUAUACAAAAAAAAAUAAUAUAAAAACGAGUCAGAGUUAAAAUCAGCUCCGUUUUGAGAUGCAUUUUAAGGAUGGUCCAUGUGAACAUCUGAUAUUUUUAAGUGUUUCUGAAGAGAAGAUUUCCGCUCUCAUGUGUAUGGCAGAGAUAUUUAAGCACACUUACAUUGAUUCUUUUUAUCACAACGCUACACUAAGACUAGUUUUUAAUGGAACUGUAUGUACUUACUGAUGAAAUACUUCUAAAGAUUUGACUGAAGCCGAAAUGUAAAAUCGUAUUCUCGCGUGUCCUUUUGUGUGUAUGUUUUUCCACUCCAACCAAAAUGUUCAUUCCAGAUUUUAUGAUUUCAGUGUAUGAUAAGUCGACUAGAGCAGAAUAUAACAUCCGUGUAAAUACAGACCCUUACAGUUAAAACGUGGAACAUUUAUAAAGAGCUGAAGCAAGCUUCGAGUGGCACAGUGAGCGAGCUUGACGUCCGAUCUGCGCCGUGGUUUAGUGUCGCUUACGUGAUGUCGCCGCAGCCAGCAGUUGGACGUCGGUCCACCACCAGUUAGCGCCAACCAUAUAGCUGUACGUGCCUUUGCAAAUAUACAACUGCUGCUUGUUGCAUCAGACACAAAUAGUCUUUCAAAUGCGCAGAACAGGACGCCAUUGUGACACCAUUUUUGUUGUCUUGCGGCAACGUAUUGUCAAUGUUAAAUCCGUUGGCACAUGAAGGCCGUUCAUUCAUUCAUGAAGGUUAAACAGCAACGCGGCAAACAGCAUUGCAAAAGUCCAAGUAUUUUGCAUGUGAUUUUGCUUGUUUUUAUUAUUAUUAUUUCUCUCCUCUGUGCCAUUUCUACAUGACACUGUGCCUUCCUGUCCCUGUUCUGACCACUCGGACCUGGUAUCCAGGACUAGACCCACCCAGUAGGUGGAGUGUGUGGUUCUCUGUAAAGUCUCCUCCUGCCUCUCCUCCAGUGUACAGCAGCAUGUGUAUAACAAUAAAGAACAAAGAUUGAA